AUGAAAACAUCAGCAGUGAAAGCUCCCAACGGCCCCGUGCCGGCGAAGAGGAAAGCGUCUACCGAUUCCGAGGCUGACGAGAUGACAAGUCCUGGGAAGUCAGCAAAGCCGCGCAAGCGCGUUCCCGCUGAGAUCUGGGAGACCAAGCGCCCAAUCAUAACGCGGCUGUACCAGGAAGAGAAGAAGUCGUUGAAGGAGGUGAUGGAAAUCAUGGAGCGAGACUACCAUUUCACCGCAACUGUCAAGAUGUACAAGUCCAGAAUUUGGAAAUGGGGUCUCGACAAGAAGCUGAAGGGAGAUGAAGUGUUGGCCAUCAUGCUGCUGCAACGUGACCGCGAGGCUCUAAAGCGACCAACAGAGUUCAGGAUACGCGGGCAGCUCGUCGACAUGGAGAAUAUCCAGCGGUACCUUAAACGUAAUCCGGGUUUGAUGGCCAAGUUCAGAGCUGGGCAGACGCCCAGCGUCCAGACAGCCCUCGAAGUUACUUGCCGAACACCUUCACCGCCCCCGAGUCCCCUCAGAGCCCUGGCCCCGACGACAGAAAUGCAAAGCACAGAGCAGGUGCUGUAUCUGUUCCGGGACUAUAUCGACGGCUCCUUCUCAUCCGGUACCUGGUGGUGCGAGUACGACGUGGAGUGUUCGAGCAUUCGCGCCCCGCAGACCCUGCAAAGCGACGAAAGCAACGAGUUGUUCGAAAGGGUUGUUGCGAGCUUCGCUCUGGUCAACCGCUGCAUGAGAUGCGGUGAUCAUAUCGAUAUCAACCGCGUCCUCGGCCCGGCAUUCGACACGCUGAAGAGGCUUGUGAGCUCCGAAACCCCGAAUUUCGUUGCGAGGACCAUUUCUCUGCUUUGGUAUCUGGAGCGACACUACAAGCAUGAUCUCCUACGACUGGUCCUCCAUUACCUCGCAGAUCUGAUGCCGAUUGUGUUGGGACCGCAUCAUAUUCUCGCGCACAUCUGGCGGAGGCUGGCAAUGACCGAAUUCUCGUCAUACUACGAGCUUUCCAUGAGGUUGUAUGAAUUGUUGGUUCCCGAGAUCGAAGGUCGCGUUGGGUCAGCCAACUACUUGACGUUCCUUCUGUACUGCGACUAUCUCGACUGUAUGCAUGGUAGGAGGACUGCGGAACACUGCGAGUCGGUGAUUAGCAGCCACAUAUCUCGGAGUCAAAGGUCAGGGCGGGAACACCUCUGGCUUGAAGACAUGGCCCUCUCACACGCAGGCCUACUCGCAACCUGCAAAGAGAACCAGGGGCGCCCGGACGAAGCGAUUGCGGUACUGACGGCGCACAUGAACGCGUACAGUAUGGCCAACGACCAAGAAGCGUCGCUCCACCUCACUCUGGGCGUCAAAUAUUAUAACAUGAACAACGACGUGGCUGCCAUCGCGUCCUUCAAGUCGGCGGCACGCGUUGCCCUGACAUCGGACGGAGACGAGCGGAUCUGCGACCUGGCGCUGUCAAAUUUGGAGGCGUCAUUCCAGAAGAUGGACAAAACGACCAUGGCCAACCGAGUGCACCAAUACCGAAUGGACCGUGUUGCCAAGUUUGCAGAGAAAUCAGCGUUUUUGGAAAAGGGGUUCUCCGACGAUUAUGACAACGAUAGCGACGACGUUUCCAUCGAACUCGAUGCCCUGCCGGAAUGGCUGUGGAAGUGUGACGAUAUCGAAGACGAGCCUGAAGUGUGGUCUGAUUUGGCGCCGUUCACCUGGGACAAGCAAUCACCAGCUUCUUUUGCUGCUUAUCCUAGUGGCGCGUUGGAGUGGGCAAACACUUCCCAGCCCGAGUCUCCCGCCGUAAUAUCGACCGAAUACUCUCCCCGAAUCGAGAGCCACCUAAUCGAUCCGGAGGUCGAAUAUCUAUACGCACAGGCAGGCGGGGUGCGGUGA